AUGGCGAGGGGCAGGGAAGAUAUAAAGUAUGGAACGGCGCAGGCGAAGUUGUCGGAAGACGAAGCCCUGAGGAUAAGGUUCAAGGCUGGAACUCCGCUUGAAGGUGGGAAGAUCGCCGAUGCCGAGCCCCUCGAUCUCUUCUCCAGUGCUCACAGCGUUACUCCCCCGAGCCAACCCGCGGAUCGUGGAAAUCACUCUGCACCAACUCCGCCGGAGCUACACCUCCCACUGGUUUAGUUUGAAGUCCGCUGAAGCUAGCUAGAGCGAGGAGCUUCUUUUGCUUGCUUCCUUGAUCUCGUGGUUUCUUUCACUGUUCUUUUAAUUUUUGGUUCUUAAUAAGGGAUGAGGGUUUUGGGCUGUAAAUUGUUCUGGUUACUUGCGUGCUUGAAAUAUGAAUAUCUGAUCUAGUUUCUCAAUGAAUUAAAUUAAAUUAUCUGAUAGAAAA